AUGCCAUCGAUCACCUACAAAAACCUUCCUGGGCCAGUGGGAGAUUGCCUCAAACCGGCCUCUCUUGCGACCACUGCUACAGUCCCAAUUUCUCCCACAGUCUCACUCAUCUUCACCACCGGUCAUAUUGGCCUCAACUUGACAACAGGAGAUCUAGUCAACCACUCCGCUGAGGCCGAAUUCGAAGCUGUCUUUGACUGCCUUGAUGCGGCGUUGAAGGACGCCGGAGUUUCGAAUGGCUUAAGACAGGCGUACAAGCUUGUGGCAUACUUGGUUGACUCUGGGGAUGAAGCAAUUAUGAUGCAAGUUUUUCAAAGGAAGUUCCCUGGCCACACGCCUACUUGGACGAGCGUGGUGGUUAAGGAAAUAGUAGCGCCAAAAAUGCGAGCCGAAGUAGCCGCAGAGGGUGUGAUAUUCCAUAGUUAA